AGAUACAUUUUGGGCCGUAUAAAUCCAUUUAGGAGCAUUUGAUCGAUUUCAUUAAUCGGAAAGCUGUGUAAGAAAAUAUGUACACCAUUGUUAAGCUUGUAACUUUGUUUUCCAUUCCAGCCGUAAAACCGACCUCAAUGCAAAAAUCUUUUUAUUUUGGGGAUAAAAGUGGCCCCGAGAAUGAAAUUACAGAUUUUAUUUAUUCAAAAGGAUAUUUACCAAACGAAAAUGAAUUACCAAAAUCUACAGUAAUAAAGAAUGUUGAUAACGAUGUUACUUAUCUAUUAUCGAAGUUAUCUGACAAUGAACUUGUCAAAUUGCUUAACGAUCAACCGAAAAAGAUAUCAUAUGACUUAGAUGAUAUCGUUAAAAUAGCACUUGGUGGAAAUUCUAACAAAGAUCGCAAAAACUCUGUUAUGGGAAGAGAUUUUCAAGUUGAAGUUGAUAAUUAUUACAAUAAAAGAUUUGGUGUCACUCCAGAAAUUGAGAAUAAUCAGCGAGCUUAUUAUAAGUUAAAUAAUAAGCAAAUAAUUCCUAAGGAACAGCGAAACGAAGUAAAUUUUCUCGCUUGGAAGAAACUUCAAGAUCUUUUAAAUUAUCGCCCAGAACAAAAAGACUUGACUGAAGAGAAAAAAGAACUAUUAUUCGAUAUACUUGUAUCUCAAUUAAAAACUCUGUGUUGCAAAAGUGAUAGACAAUCGCUAGCAAACCAUCUUCAAAUAUCUGGUAACAUUUUUUCAAAUGUUCCGAAAGAAAAAUCUUAUUUAACAGAUUUAAAAGCAUCAAAUAUCCAAAAUAACAAUGAAUUUAUGUUUCUGAUUGUAAAUGACGAAAUAAAAAGCAGAAGUAAUGAUAACUUGAUACUCGUGGAUCCAGAAACUCUUGACAAAAAUAGUAGUAUUUUGUUAUUGGGACCAAUAACAACACCAUUAACAGAUGGUCAAUUAAGAGUUCUUAUGGACCGCAUAUCUAACGAGCUAUCAAAACCGGAAUACGCAUCGCUCCUUCAGCAACUCUCUGAUGGAACACUUGGAGAUGACAGUAUAAGCCUGAUGAAAAAUUUUAUAUUUGGAAAAGGAACUCGAAGAUAUAUAAAACCUCAUAGAUGUAAUUAUCAGUCUAAGCUCACGAAAAUUUAUGGUGGGCCACGGUGGUUAAUUUGCACUGGUUACUUGAAUUUGAAUACUCCCAGUUUGUAUGACUAAUAAUAUAAAUUUACUAAAUUCUAUGAUCAUUUUUCGCCAAAAACUAAAUUGCUGGUUUAUUUGCGAUCUGAUGGUUUUUUUUUGUAAAGGAAUAUAUUUUGACUUAA